AUGCGCGCACUUCACCUGCCUGGCGCCGCUGAUGGCCAUGUUCCAGCAUUCAACUACCCUAACAAGAAAGGCAGAGCAGAGGCUCUUCAAUUCUCCAAAGACAUCCCGAAGCCCAUUGUUCCAGCGGGCUGCUCGACAAAUGCUUACAUUCUACGUGUCCAGACCACCGCUCUCCAGAAAGGCGAACUGACAUGGCCAGAGCCACUCGAGCGACACCGCUUUCAACCAUGGGCCGGGGCCAUACCAGGACACGACGUCGUUGGGACCAUUGAUACAGUCCACCACGCAACAACUGCGCCAUCUCCCAAGUUCAAGGCCGGCGAUCGAGUAUGGGGACUGAUCGACUUCGACCGCGACGGCGCUGCAGCAGACUACGUGCUCGCGUACGAGAAUGAGAUCGCACUUGCACCACAGUCCAUCCAGCACCUCCACCGCACAUCAUCUGCCACCUUGGCAACUGUGCCCCUUUCUGGCCUGACAGCAUACCAAGCACUCUACACCAACGGCCACUUCGCUGAACCAUCAACAACUACGACCGCCCAACGCCACAGCCGCCCUCCCGCACAAGAACCGAAACGGCUUCUCAUUACCGGCGCAAGCGGCACACUCCUCGACGCACAUCCCCUACCUAAGGGACACCCUUCACGCGACGUCGUCCUUGAUUACACCACAUCAGACUUCCACCUCUCCACCGCCCUGCGCAACGCCGGCAUCACUGAGCCGUUUGACCUCGUUAUCGAAGCCGCGGGCGGGGAGAUCGCCGCGGAUAUCAUCCUGCAGGAUGGCAUUGUGAAGGUCCCUGGUGGGCGGGUAAUGAGUAUCAGUGGGCCGUUGGAGGGCGGACUGGCGACGUUAGAUGAGGAGAUGGCUGCGCAGGUGAAGGCAAAGCUAGCGGUGGAGGACAGGGAGGGAUUGCAUUUCGAGUUCUUUAUUGUGAAGCCGGAUAUGGGUCAAUUGGAGAGAUUGGGGGAGUGGGUGAAGGAGGGAAUGUUAAUGGGGGAGGUGGAGAGUGUGUGGGAGCUAGAGCACGGGAGGGGGGCGAUGAUGCGCGUCGAGCAAGGGAAAGGGAGGAAGGGGAGGGGAAAGGUCGUGCUGCGCGUUGAUCGGGAACAGUAG